UUUAUUUAUACCCCAUUUGCACUUGCACCCUAGUUCCAUUCUCUUCUCUUCCAUUACUUCCUCUUCUCCUCAUGUGAGGUGUAUUUAGCAACUAGUUUAAAUAAAGAAAAAUAUUAUAACACUUUCACUCAUUUAGUGCUUUUAGCUUUUACCAAAUAGGUAUGAGUUGCAACGGUUGCCGUGUCCUUAGAAAGGGUUGUAGUGAGUCAUGUAUCUUACGCCCUUGUAUUCAAUGGAUCGAUACCCCUGAAGCUCAAGGUCAUGCCACUGUCUUUGUAGCCAAAUUUUUCGGCCGUGCUGACCUUAUGUCUUUCAUUUCCAACGUCCCUCUACCACAAAGACCUGCUUUGUUUCAAUCUUUGUUGUUUGAAGCGUGUGGAAGAACCGUGAACCCCGUUAACGGUGCUGUCGGACUUUUGUGGACAGGAAACUGGCACGUGUGUCAAGCAGCGGUUGAAACGGUGCUUCGUGGCGGAACCCUUAAACCCUUACCGGAGUUUCUCGGUUUAGAUGCUCUUGCCUCCACCGUUGAUGACUCGUCUGAAGGUGAAGUCACGUGCAACGACGCGCGGAAGAUCCGAGAUCCGAACCCGAAAGUCCGGUUCAUGAGUUCUGGUGGUAAACGCAAGCGAUCAGGCGGUGAAGUUUUGAAGCUUCCGGCGACGACUGAUCUUAAUCUCCGGUUGACGCCGCAGAGCACGUUGACCAACGGAUGCCGGAAGGAAAUUCGCCGUCCGGGAACACCGUCGAUGAAUUCUGAGGAAUCUGUGACGACGGUGACGUGCUUGGAAAGUGGGAUCGGAGAAGAUAAUUACGUUCACGACGGAGACCGCAAAGUUCUCAACCUUUUUGUUUGAGAAUUUUAUUUUUCUUUUUGAGAUUCGUGUUUUUUGUUUAAGGAUCGUGCAAUUAAGUUACUCGCACGCUAUUUUUGUCUUUUUUUUUAGUGUUGUUUCACCGGCAAUGAAACCCGGUGAGAUUUUGUAACACACCGACACAGGAUUUUUCUCUGGUUUUUGAUAAACAGGGAGAAAGAUGAGAGUUCGUCGGUGAUGAUUUUUCCUUUUUUUUUUUUGAACUAUCAAACAUGUUACAAUGAACUAUAAAGGUGUGACAUGAAUAUUAUAUAAUUAAAUCCUAAGAAGAAACAUAUUUUUAUUUUCUGUU